AUGCACCGCCGUAGGGACCGUUCGAUAGACCGCCGAGAAGACGACUUCCAUAGGUCCAGCCGACGAGAACGGUCAAGAGACCGAAGAGACCGAUAUGUUGAGAGAGAGCGUUCUCCGGAGAGGCGAAGGCGGAGAAGUCGAGAUAGGGACUAUCGUGACAGGCGAGACGAUUCUUAUGACAGGGCUCGAAGGCGCCGCGAGGACUCUACUGACUCAUGGCCUCGUAGCAGAGGUGAUGGUAAUCUUGGAAAACCUCCAGGUAGACCCGAAAGUGUCAAAACCGCAGAAGCAGCAAAACCACCUACCCCACCUGCAGAGACCGAAGCAGAUAAGAAGGCCGAGCGCCUAGCAAAGUUGGAGGCAUGGAAGAAGAAAAUGGCCGAAGACAAGGAGCGUAAGGAGAAAGACCUUGCUGCCGGUGGGACGCGAAAGCUUCUAGAUGAUUUAGAUGAGAAAGUCAACGCAUCGCCUUCUCGAGGAUCACCAGCAUCUCCAAGUACUCCGAAUAGCGUUGCGUCUCCAGCACCUUACGCCGGCAAAUUCGACCCGAAAGCCAUAGCGAAGAAAGCUGCUGCAAACUCCACUGCUACGAGUACUCUGGGCAAGGAUCUACCACUGAAAGAGUUAACAAAAGCGUCCGCUACCUUACCAUCUUCGGUCAAAGGGUUACAAGCUGACAAGAAGCCAACAGCUUUCAGCAGCACAUCCAAUGUAUCUGCGUUACCUAAAGCUAGAGGAAAUUUGAGUGCUUUUGGACUUGGUGCGAAAUCUAACGAUAACGAAAAGGUCCCCUCGAAACGAGCUCUAGACUUUGGUGAUGAUGAAGGGUCGAGAAAGAAGUUAGAGAAGCUACCAACCCCACCAUUGCCAAACACUGAAGAUGAGGAUACUGCGCUCGCUAACGGUGCUGAGGAAGAGGAUGACGAUGACAUCGACAUGGGCAAUGUGGGAACCGAAGAGGAGGUAGCUGCUGCGGCGAAAGCUGCCGCAGAGCGGCGCGAGGAGAUCUUUCAGGAACAAAAUCUGGGGAGCAAGGAACCAGAUCCUGGCAGUGUUUUCCUUGAACCCACUCAAGGCGAUAUCAAAAUGGAAGAAGCUCCAGGCAUAUCUUUCGAAACAAACCCUAUGGAAGAAGAUGAAGAUAUCGACCCCCUGGAUGCUUUUAUGGAAGAAAUGGGAGACCCUUUCGGAGCCCCCAAAUUCAGCGGAACUUUCAAGAAGAGUCAGAGCAAAGCGCCCCAACAGGAACCGGAACCGUUAUUUGGAGACGAUGAAGUGGACCUAAAGACGAUGGACGCUGACCCUGACGACAUUCUUGCAAUGGCGAGCAAAGCUCGGAAGAAGAAGGAUCUACCAACGAUCGAUUAUUCAAAAAUGGCGCUUGAACCCUUCCGAAAGAGCUUUUACACCGAGCCUGCAGAAUUGUCAAAUAUGACUGAGGCCGAACUUGCGGAUCUACGUCUUGAACUUGAUGGCAUCAAAGUCGCUGGCAAAGAUGUACCAAAGCCUGUCCAAAAAUGGUCGCAGUGUGGGCUUAACGUUCAGUCAUUGGAAGUAAUUGGUAAAUUGGGCUAUGAAAGACCGACUGCAAUUCAGAUGCAGGCAAUCCCGGCCAUAAUGUCGGGGAGAGAUGUUAUUGGUGUAGCCAAGACUGGCUCCGGUAAGACAAUCGCCUUCCUACUACCGAUGUUCCGGCAUAUUCGAGACCAGCGGCCUCUAGAAGGAUCGGAUGGUCCCAUGGGACUGAUCAUGACUCCAACACGGGAACUUGCUACCCAAAUCCACAAGGAAUGCAAACCAUUCUUGAAGGCUAUGGGCCUCCGAGCCGUUUGUGCUUAUGGAGGAGCACCCAUCAAGGAUCAAAUUGCAGAUCUGAAAAGAGGAGCCGAGGUUAUCGUUUGUACUCCAGGCCGCAUGAUUGAUCUCCUGGCCGCGAACUCAGGUCGAGUGACAAACCUCCGCCGAGUGACCUAUGUGGUCUUGGAUGAAGCAGAUCGCAUGUUUGAUAUGGGCUUCGAACCUCAAGUCAUGAAGAUAUUCGCCAAUAUUCGGCCAAAUCGGCAAACAAUCCUUUUCUCGGCUACCAUGCCUCGUAUCAUGGACGCAUUAGCGAAGAAGACACUCCAAUCUCCAAUAGAAAUAACAGUGGGUGGGAGAAGUGUUGUUGCUCCAGAAAUCACCCAGAUUGUUGAGGUUCGAGAGGAGAAGGAGAAGUUCCAUCGAUUAUUGGAACUUCUUGGAGAACUGUAUGACAAAGACGAAGACGCUCGCACCCUUAUCUUCGUUGACAGACAGGAGAAAGCAGACGAUCUUUUGAAAGACCUGAUGAGGAAAGGCUACCCCUGCAUGUCCAUCCAUGGAGGAAAGGACCAAAUCGAUCGAGACUCAACGAUUGACGACUUCAAAGCAGGCAUCGUUCCAAUUAUGAUUGCUACUUCUGUGGCAGCUCGUGGAUUGGACGUGAAACAAUUGAAACUGGUCGUUAAUUUUGAUGCUCCUAACCAUCUAGAGGACUACGUCCACAGAGCUGGUCGAACAGGGCGAGCUGGAAACACCGGGACAGCAGUUACUUUUGUGACAGAAGACCAAGAGCAAUAUUCCGUUGGCAUCGCCAAAGCGCUCGAGCAAUCUGGCCAACCUGUCCCGGAACGGCUUGAUGAGAUGAGGAAGUCGUUCAGGGACAAGGUAAAGACUGGCAAAUCGAAAGACAGCUCAGGAUUUGGGGGUAAAGGCCUGGAACGCCUUGAUGCAGAGCGUGAGGCAGCGAGGAAUCGCGAGAGGAAGACACAUAAGACAGACGGAGAUGAGGAUGAAGACAAGGACGAGAAAGGCAGUGAUGAAGAUGUUGUUCUUAAGGCUGCGUCAGCUGUGCAGCCCGCAGUAUCUACGCCGCAGCUGUUUGGUGUUCCAAAGGGUAUCGACCUGGACGGCAAGAUUACGGUACACAGAACUGAACCGGCUACUUCAUCGUCUGCAGGCGGAUCGAAGAAUCCUUUGGACAAGGUCACCUCUGCAAUUGAUGCCAUCAAUGCUCGACUCAAUAAGACUGGCCAACUUCGGUCAGGGGUUCCAAUUGAUAAUAAAGGCCCUGAUGCAGGAGCUUUCCACGCAACUCUGGAAAUCAACGACUUUCCUCAGAAGGCUAGGUGGGCUGUCACGAACAGAACCAAUGUUGCGAAGAUCCUCGAAGCAACUGGUACAUCAAUCACUACGAAAGGAAGUUUCUAUCCGACGGGCAAAGAUGUCCAACCGGGCGGCGAUCCGAAGCUGUAUAUUCUUGUGGAGGGCGACACGGAAGUAGUGGUAACCAAUGCAAUGAGAGAAUUGAUGAGAUUGUUGAAGGAAGGCACCAUGGCUGCAGCAGAUGCCGAAGGCAGGGCACCAGCCAGUGGCAGAUACAACGUUGUUUAG